AUGCAGCACAACACAACUCUGAAUGUAUCCAAUGUUUCUGUAGAAGUCGCUGAAACACCUAAAUAUUUGAUACCAGUACCACUGUACUAUACCAUAGGAACGGGACUUUUGUUCGUUGUUAUGAUUGGUCCAUUUAUGAGCAUCACCAGUUUAGUAGUUUUCGCUAAAAACAAGCACCUGCAAUCUCCAACUAAUAUUUUUGUCAUUUCUCUUCUCGUGGGAGACGCUGGGAUGAGUUGUGGCGCGUUUAUAUCAAUGACAGCGAACUUUAAUCGUUACUACUUUUGGGGCGACAACGUAUGUACUUUUGAGGGAUUUUGGUUAUACUUGAUGGGACUUACAAAUUUGUAUACACACGCUGGCAUUGCCUACGAUAGAUAUAUCAUGAUUGCCAAGCCUCUUCAAGCUAACAAAAUUACAAUGAGACUGGCGGUGGUGGUUGUGCUAGUGAUUUGGUUUCAAGGCUUUUGUUGGGCGGCAUUUCCCUUUUUCGGAUGGGGAAAAAUCACGUAUGAGCCUGCGCGAACAUCUUGUGCCGUAGAAUGGGACUCUAAAGAAUUGGGAUCGGCUAGUUACAACAUAGCUAUUACGAUUUGGAGUUUAUUGAUACCUUUAGCUGUCAUCUUUUUCUCUUACUACAGAGUCAUGAUGACGAUAAGACACAUCGCCAGGAAUAGUAUUUGGGACAUGAACAGUAGGGUUGCUCGGAAAAAUCUCAGGACCGAGAGGAAAAUGUUUAAAACAAUAGCAUAUAUGUUAGCAUCGUAUAUUUGGUCCUGGACUCCAUACACUGUGGUCAGUGUGUGGGCUAUUAUUGGAGAGUCCAGGGACAUUCCCACCUACAUUAUCACCAUCCCAGCCAUAGUAGCCAAGUCUUCUUCUAUCUGGGACCCUCUCAUUUACCUCUGGACCAACAAACAAUUCCGGAUGUCCUUCUACAGCACCAUACCGUGUGCAGACCUCGGGAGAACAAUGAUAGAACGAGAGGAGAAGAAAAACAAACAAUCAGAAAAUUCAGACCCUGAGGAACCGGAAGUGCGUCAGAAAGAAGAGCAGCCGAAGCCCAAGUUGCAGACUCAGGUAGUGCCGAUUGACAACGCUCUCUCAGAAAAUGGUCAGCAAACAGACGUAUGUGCAGAUAUUCAAGUCCCUGUCCCAAGUAUACUCAAACCGGGCCCCUCCCAGCCUAAUGAUGAUAGGUGA